AUGUCAAGCCCGGCUAGCGGCCCCUUUGAUGCCGCGAUUGCUCACCCAGAAGAGCCCCUCGGUAUGAUCACCGAACCGGACGGUCAAGAGCUGGAACGCGCGUACUCCCUUCUCUGGACACCGGUUCACGAAAAGGCCCACGUGGUCCUCCCCACCUCGGAUGCUCUGGAAACCCUCAAGGAGCACUUGCUGCAGAACAUUGACGAGCAUACUGCCCGACUUGUGCCCGAGCCGUAUCGAACCACGCUGUACUUUUUUUUCGCCUCGAUCCACGACGAGGCUCGGCAGGAUUGGUUCCGAGAGAGUCCUCUCCCGGAAGUCACCAUCAACCGUCAUAUUCCUUUGCCCAAGAUGGUCGAAACCCAUCCCCUGCGCCAAGCCGCCCAAAAGCUUGAGAAAUUCGCCUUCAAGCUCAAGGAGAAGAACCCUGCUGAUGCUGUCGAACUCAAGCAUCUUUCGGAUUCCAUCAACCUGAUCUGCGAUGUGCUGUACCAUGAAGAGAUCAAAGCCAAGACCCAAACGGAGGGUAUGGCGGUCCAGAUGGACAAAACUCUCCAGAAGCUCCAACUUCUCGAUGGCCCAGCCCUGACAGCCAUCAUUGACGAGGUCAACGAGGAGCAGCAGAAGCAAUUCGCGGAGGUCCGCAAGCUUGCUGUCGAUGCUCACAACGAAGAUGGGGCAAGCGCGCUUCAGAUGACUGACAAGGAAUGGCUUCUCUGUUACCGCAACAUGGGCGAUGCCGAGAUCCAGAAGUGGGUUGAUUUCUUUGUCGACAUCUCUGAUAUUGAGACGGGUCUUCCGGACACUUGGAAGGCGCUCGUCAUGCAGACGGGUGGCGAUCGUCUCUGGCGAGUGUUGAACAAUGCCAUGUCCAACCUCUCUUAG